GUCUGGACACUGGGGUUCUGGAUACAGGACAGGUGCAGCUCUGCUGGUCUGCAAGUGGGCUCGGUGCUCCAGUGUCCCAGGUCAGGGUGCAGCCCCAGCGCUCAUGCAGCGUCCAGCAGGUCUCCACACCCAGGGCUGGGGCACAGGGGACUGGUGGAGCUGCCGUGCCAGCACAGGGGGGCAGAGGUCGUUGGCACAGUACCGCAGGGUGCCCCUCCCUGCUGCGGCCUUGAGAUCAGGGUGUGCCUGGGCCUGCAGAGCACAGAGCACGUCAGGCGAGUGGGUCCUGGCCUUCGAGAUCUUCAUCCCCCUGGUGCUCUUCUUCAUCCUCCUGGGGCUCCGGCAGAAGAAGCCCACCAUCCCCGUGAAGGAAGUCUCGUUCUACUCUGCCGCCCCUCUGACCUCGGCCGGGAUCAUUCCCAUCAUGCAGUCCCUGUGUCCGGACGGCCAGCGGGACGAGUUCGGCUUCUUGCAGUACAAGAACUCCACGGUCACCCAGCUCCUGGAGCGGAUCAGCGAGGUGGUGGAGCAGAACCACCUCUUCGACCCGGACCGGCCCGGACUGGAGGAGGAGCUGGAGUCCCUGCGCCACCACCUGGAGAGCCUGGGCUCCGCGCCCAGCGGCCUGGAGGGCGGCUUCAACACCAGCCGGGGUGUACAACCUGAUCUUCGGCUCCUACCCAGGAGGCCGGGCGGCCCGGACCGACAGGGCUUCGUGGGAAGGGUACAGUCCUGGAGAGGAGGUCCUGCACCUGGAGGUUUGAACGCUGCACUGUUGCCCGCAGAACUGCCCUGUUGCCCCUCUAAACCCAGGCUUUGCUCAUUGAGUUGCCCUUUUCCCUCAGAACCUUACCUUUACCUCAUCCUACUGGUCCCCGAGAGGCAACAGGCGCGGGUGCAGGCCUAUCGGAGCGCGGUGUGCGGCGGCGGGGCGGGGCAGCGCGAGCAGCGCUUCCAGGAGAUGGGCCGGGAGCUCCGAGAGCAGAUCGACACGCAGAGCGUCAUCGACAAGCUGAAGCUGGGGCAGGGGAACAGCUCCGGCGCGCAGUCGCACCUGGGCGCCCUCCUGCAGGACCUGGCGGACGUCGAGAGGCUCCUGAGGGACGUGGACCUGCUGUCGGCCCUGGCCAAGCUGCUCCCCAAGGGCGCCUGCGCCGGGCACCAGCCCCCCCCGCCGGCCAACGGAACGGCCUGGGGCGGCAACGGCACCGCGGCCUGGCCCAACGCCACCGAGGCCCCCAGCGAGGAGGGGGCCGCAGGCGUGGGCGGGGAGAGCCCCCCCUCCCAGUUCUCCGCCUUCGUGCAGCUGUGGGCCGGACUGCAGCCCAUCCUGUGCGGGAACAACAGGAUCAUCGAACCCGAGGCGUUGAAGCAGGGCAAUAUGAGCUCACUGGGCUUCACCAGCAAGGAGCAGAGGAACCUGGGGUUGCUGGUGCACCUCAUGACUACAAAUCCCAAGAUCCUUUACUCCCCCGUGGGGUCAGAGGUUGACAAGGUCAUCCAGAAGGCCAACGAGACAUUUGCGUUCGUGGGGAAUGUGACUCACUACGCCCGCGUCUGGCUCAACAUCUCCGCAGAGCUGCGCACCUUCCUGGAGGAGGGGAAACUGCAGAACCGCAUCGCCUGGCUGCAGCAGGUCAGACUGGGCCGGGCUGGACCGGGUUCGAACUAGAUGGGGCAGAACUGAUUGGAGUUGAGGUGGGCCAGACUGGCAGAAAAGGUUCACAGAAUGACGCUGACAGUAAAAACAUAUUGCAUGAUGUUUUACGGCUAUUGUAUCUGUCUGUGCCAGGUGAGUGUGGAUAUCUUCAAGGGCUUCCCCGACGAGGAGAGCAUCGUUAACUACACUCUGAACCAGGCCUACCAGGACAACGUGACCGUCUUCGCCAGCGUGAUAUUCCAGACCAACAGGGACGGGUCCCUGCCUCCCCACGUCCUCUACAAGAUCCGGCAGAAUUCCAGCUUCACGGAGAAAACCAACGAGAUCCGCCGGGCGUACUGGAGGCCAGGGCCCAACACCGGGGGGCGCUACUACUUCCUCUACGGCUUUGUCUGGAUCCAGGACAUGAUGGAGCGCGCCAUCAUCAACACCUUCGUGGGGCACGAUGUCGUGGAGCCGGGGAACUACGUCCAGAUGUUCCCCUACCCUUGCUACACCAGAGACGAUUUCCUGUUCGUUAUCGAGCACAUGAUGCCCCUGUGCAUGGUCAUCUCCUGGGUCUACUCCGUCGCCAUGAUGAUCCAGCACAUCGUGGCCGAGAAGGAGCACCGACUCAAAGAGUCCCUCAUGUCCACCACGGCGUUCGGCUUGGGCUCGAAGUACUUCGCCCUCUACGAGGUGGCGGGAGUGGGCAUCCAGUGGCGCACUUUGAACCAGUCCCCAGUAGAGGGCGACGACUUCAACCUGCUGCUGUCCAUGGUGAUGCUGAUCAUCGACGCCGCUGUCUACGGCGUGCUCACCUGGUACAUCGAGGCCGUGCAUCCUGGGAUGUACGGUUUGCCCCGCCCCUGGUACUUCCCCCUGCAGAAAUCCUAUUGGCUGGGCAGUGGGCGUGUGGAGGCGUGGGAGUGGCCUUGGGGGGGCGGGGCCAGGCUCAGCGUCAUGGAGGAGGACCAGGCCUGUGCCAUGGAGCAUCGCCGAUCUGAGGAGACCCGGGGCAUCGAGGAGGAGCCCAGCCACCUGCCGCUGGUGGUCUGCAUCGACAAGCUGACCAAGGUCUACAAGACGGGCAGCAAGCUGGCCCUGAACAAGCUCAGCCUGAACCUGCACGAGAACCAGGUCGUCUCCUUCCUGGGGCACAACGGGGCCGGCAAGACCACCACCAUUCUGUGUGCUGUCCUGUUGGGUCUGUCUUGUGUGAAAUGGGGGAGGGAGAGUAAUAAGCCUCUGGUCCUCACUCUCUGUCCCUCCCUUUGUCUUCCUGUCUCUGCUCCACACUCCCUCCCUGUCUCUCCAGGCCCGGGCAAUCCGCAGCCCACCUCCUCGCUGUCCCCGUGCUCGGAGCCGCGCGUCACGCAGUUCAUCCGGCAGUUCGUGCCGCAGUGCCUGCUGGUGUCGGACUCCAACACGGAGCUGUCCUACGUGCUGCCCUCGGAGGCGGUGAAGAAGGGCUGCUUCGAGAGGCUGUUCCAGGCUCUGGAGCAGAGUCUGGACAACCUGGCCCUCACCAGCUUCGGGCUGAUGGACACCACUCUGGAGGAGGUGUUUCUGAAGGUCUCAGACGAGGACCAGUCCCUGGAGAACAGCGAUGCCGACAUGAAGGAUUCCCCCAAAGGCUGUGUGCUGGGCAAGGCAGGCAGGGGAUGUGGAGGGAUGCCGCAGUGCGAGGGCGUGCCAGCAGGGGGCACUGUGAGGCCAGAGGUGGAGCUCAGUAACCUGGUGGUGUGCUCGCAGCUCAGCCAGAGCCAGGGCUCGCUCCGGUCGGCCUCUUCCCUGGGUUCGGUGCGCGGAGACGAGGGAGGGCUCUAUGCUGACUUCUAUGGCGACUACUGCCCACUCUUCAACAACACCGAAGACACUGACACUGCCAGCCUGCAGGCUGACCCGGCCCCCGAGCCACAGCUCCCCCUGCUGGAGGGGCAGGGCAGCUUCAAGCUGGAGGGCUGGUGGCUGCAGCUGCGCCAGUUCCACGGCCUGAUCGUCAAGCGCUUCCACUGCGCCAAGAGGAACACCAAGGGCCUGUUCUCCCAGAUCCUGCUGCCCGCGUUCUUCCAAGGACGCACCAUCCUCCUCUCCACCCACCACAUGGAUGAGGCGGAUCUCCUGGGCGACCGCAUCGCCAUCAUCUCCCACGGGAAGCUGAAGUGCUGCGGUUCUCCGCUCUUCCUCAAGAGCACCUACGGAGAGGGCUACAAGCUGACCCUGGUCAAGAAGCAGAGCGAUUCGCAGCUGAACAAGCUGUCCCCCGACGCCGGCCCCCAGCAGAUCGUGAACACGCUGCGCCUGCCGUCGGGCGUGGGCGCCACCUGCGUGCUGAAGACGCCCUUCAACAGCACCCUGGACCAGCUGGCCCAGACGCUCAACCCCAGCGCCAACGACUCCAAGACGCUGGCCGCCCGCUACUUCGACCCCAUGUGCCUGGACUCCUUCACGCAGGGCGUGCCACUGUCCAACUUCGUGCCCCCGCCCCCCUCGCCGGCGCCCUCCGACGACCCCGACGCCGGCUUCGAGGAGGGGCUCUGGAACUACACUGCCGCGCCCCCCACGACGGUCCGCGAGGCGGUGACCUCCCCCCCCUCCCUUCCGCACGUCAUCCACGAGCCCAUCAGGUGCACCUGCUCCAUGCAGGGCACCGGCUUCUCCUGCCCCAGCGGCGUGGGCGGGCGGCCCCCCCUCAUGAAGGUCGUGACCGGCGACAUCCUGGUGGACAUCACGGGCCGCAACGUCUCCGAGUACCUGCUGUACACCUCCGACCGCCUGCGGCUGCACAGGUACGGCGGUCUUACCUUCGGGAACAUCCAGAAAUCCAUCCCGGCAUCCUUCGGAAUCAAGACCCCCCCCAUGGUGCGCAAGAUCGCAGUCCGGAGAUCAGCGCAGGUGCUCUAUAACAACAAGGGCUACCACAGCAUGCCCACCUACCUGAAUGCUUUGAACAACGCCAUCCUGAGGGCCAACCUGCCCAAGAGCCAGGGCAACCCUGCUGCCUAUGGUAUCACCGUGACCAACCACCCCAUGAAUCGCACCAGCGCCAGUCUGUCUCUGGACUACCUGCUGCAGGGCACAGACGUGGUGAUCGCCAUCUUCAUCAUCGUGGCCAUGUCCUUCGUGCCGGCCAGCUUCGUGGUCUUCCUGGUGGCAGAGAGGUCCACCAAGGCCAAGCACCUGCAGUUCGUCAGCGGCUGCGACCCCGUCAUCUACUGGCUGGCCAACUACAUCUGGGACAUGCUGAAUUACCUGGUCCCGGCCACCUGCUGCGUGCUCAUCCUGUUCGUGUUCGACCUGCCAGCCUACACCUCCCCCACCAACUUCCCAGCAGUCCUCUCUCUCUUCCUGCUGUAUGGCUGGUCCAUCACUCCCAUCAUGUACCCGGCCUCGUUCUGGUUCGAAGUGCCCAGCACCGCCUACGUGUUCCUCAUCGUCAUCAACCUCUUCAUCGGCAUCACGGCCACUGUGGCCACCUUCCUGCUGCAGCUGUUCGAGCACGACAAGGUACAGGGUAUUAACCCCCUGUGCUGUGCUGUUGUUCACAGUAUGGAGGAGUGUGAGGCCCUGUGUACCAGGCUGGGCAUCAUGGUGAACGGUCGCUUCAAGUGUCUGGGCAGCAUUCAGCACCUCAAGAACAGGUUUGGGGAUGGCUACAUGAUCACUGUGCGCACCAAGACCAGCAGCAGCGUGAGGGAGGUGGUCCGGUUCUUCAACAGGAACUUCCCAGAUGUCAUCCUUAAGGAGUGCCACCACACCAAGGUCCAGUACCAGCUCAAGUCGGACCGGAUCUCCCUGGCCCAGGUGUUCAGUAAGAUGGAGCAGGUGGUGGAGAUUCUGGGCAUCGAAGAUUACUCUGUCAGCCAGACCACCCUGGACAACGUGUUUGUGAACUUCGCCAAGAAGCAGAGUGACAACCUGGAGCAGCAGGAGAGCUCGCCCCCUGGUGGCUCCCAGUCGCCACUGCAGCGCGUCCUCAGCCUGCUGCGCCCGCGGGCCACGCACACCGAGCUCAGCGCGCUGGUCACCGAGGAGACGGAGGAGCUGGAGAGCGACGACGAGGGGCUGAUCAGCUUCGAGGAGGAGAGGCCCCCUGCCCUCUCGAAAUCCCGGCUCCGGAACGCCGACGUCCUUCCGUAUGGUUGGAGGAAGACCAGGGAGGGGGGGGGAGAGGGGAGCUGGGCGGCGCUCAGCGCUGGGCCCCGGGCGGUGGUUUCGAACCCCCGCGCACGUCUGGUCCUGAAGGGUUCGGAGUCCCUGUGUGAGAACGUGCAGCAGGCUGUGAGCUGUCAAUCCAGCCUCUUUGGGAGAAUGCCAGGAAUCAAGAUAGCAGCCCGCGCGGGAGAUGGGGAUCAGCAGCUCGCAGAGCCGAACAGGUCGGACAGGUGGAGCGAGCUGGGCGUGAGCGGCCAGGUGUGGCGAGCAGGGGAGAGACGCACAGAGAUUCUCUCCCGUCCUGCUGCGAGAUAG